AUGCCUGGGAACAAGUUUGUCGAUAACGAGAAAGUUCUCGAUACACGUGUCGGGAGGCUCUUGAGGGAGAGGGAACUGAGAAGGAGCACCAGAGCUCCUUUCUUCGCCGAUGGGUUCGAUGGCUGGCGAGGGAUUGAGGCACCCGAAAACAACAUCUCGGGGGCUUCUUCCUACGUGGAGCAGUACAUAGAAGCAGCUGUACAAGCACUUAAUGAAGGGUGGGAUAAACCUGAAGGCAGGCCUAUAAAGCAGAGACUGUUGGUGGUUGCUAAUAGGCUUCCGGUUUCUGCCGUUAGGACAGGUGAGGACUCUUGGUCGUUGGAGAUAAGCGCGGGUGGUCUAGUCAGCGCUCUUCUGGGUGUUAAGGAGUUCGAAGCGCGGUGGAUUGGUUGGGCAGGCGUGAAUGUGCCGGACGAGAUUGGCCAAAAGGCACUUACUAGAGCACUUGCCGAGAAGAGGUGCAUACCUGUUUUCCUUGAUGAGGAGAUUGUUCACCAGUACUACAACGGAUAUUGUAACAAUAUAUUAUGGCCUCUUUUCCACUAUCUUGGGCUCCCACAAGAAGAUCGCCUUGCUACAACUAGGAGUUUUCAGUCCCAAUUCGCUGCGUACCAAAAGGCGAACCAAAUGUUUGCUGACGUUGUUCACACACACUAUGAAGAGGGUGAUGUUGUUUGGUGUCACGACUACCACCUAAUGUUCCUUCCGAAAUGUCUGAAGGAUUACAACAGCGAGAUGAAAGUUGGGUGGUUUCUACACACUCCCUUUCCAUCUUCUGAAAUUCACCGAACUUUGCCAUCUCGAUCUGAACUGUUACGUGCAGUUCUGGCUGCUGAUUUAGUGGGUUUCCACACGUAUGACUAUGCGAGACAUUUUGUAAGUGCGUGCACCCGUAUUCUUGGACUGGAAGGUACUCCUGAAGGAGUUGAGGAUCAAGGGAGACUAACUCGUGUGGCUGCUUUCCCUAUAGGGAUUGAUUCAGAAAGGUUCAUCCGUGCCCUCGAAGUUCCUCAAGUCAAGGAUCACAUUAAAGAAUUAAAAGAAAGAUUUUCUGGAAGAAAGGUAAUGCUGGGUGUGGAUCGUCUUGAUAUGAUAAAAGGAAUCCCGCAAAAGAUACUGGCAUUUGAGAAAUUUCUGGAGGAAAACCCAUACUGGCGUGAUAAGGUUGUUUUGCUGCAAAUUGCUGUGCCAACAAGAACCGAUGUUCCUGAAUAUCAGAAGCUUACAAGCCAAGUUCAUGAGAUCGUUGGGCGGAUCAAUGGAAGAUUUGGAACUUUGACUGCUGUCCCAAUUCACCAUCUGGAUCGCUCUCUUGACUUCCAUGCCUUGUGUGCUCUGUAUGCUGUCACAGAUGUAGCUCUAGUCACGUCUCUGCGGGAUGGGAUGAAUCUCGUAAGCUAUGAGUUUGUGGCAUGUCAAGAUUCCAAAAAAGGAGUUCUCAUCCUCAGUGAAUUUGCUGGGGCUGCUCAGUCUCUUGGAGCUGGAGCAAUUCUGGUAAAUCCAUGGAAUAUCACAGAGGUGGCUGCUGCAAUAGGCCAAGCUCUAAAUAUGACUGCUGAAGAAAGAGAAAAACGCCAUCGCCAUAAUUUCGAGCAUGUCACAACUCACACUGCUCAACAAUGGGCUGAAUUCUUUGUAAGUGAAUUGAAUGAUACAGUUAUAGAAGCACAGCAGAGAAUAAGGAAAAAUCCACCUCCACUUGUAUUCAGUGAUGCAAUCAACCGUUUCUUGCAGUCUAAUAACCGCUUACUUAUACUGGGUUUUAAUGCUACACUGACUGAACCAAUUGAAACUCCGGGAAGAAGGGGAGAUCAGAUCAAAGAAAUGGAACUGAAAUUGCACCCUGAGCUGAGAGAACCUCUAACAAUGCUUUGCAGUGACCCGAAUACAACAAUCGUGGUCCUUAGUGGAAGUGAUAGAAGUGUCCUAGAUGAUAACUUUGGGGACUACAACAUGUGGUUAGCAGCUGAGAAUGGAAUGUUUCUAAGGUCAACUAAAGGAGAAUGGAUGACAACCAUGCCAGAACACUUGAAUAUGGAAUGGGUCGACAGUGUAAAACAUGUUUUCGAGUAUUUUACUGAACGUACCCCAAGAUCACAUUUUGAGCGUCGCGAGACCUCACUGGUAUGGAACUACAAGUAUGCCGACGUUGAAUUUGGAAGAUUACAAGCUAGAGACAUGCUGCAACAUCUCUGGACUGGCCCAAUUUCUAAUUCUUCAGUUGAUGUCGUCCAAGGAAGCCGCUCGGUCGAGGUUCGAGCAGUCGGUGUCAGUAAGGGAGCGGGUAUUGACCGUAUAUUAGGGGAGAUCGUUCAUAGUAAAGCCAUAUGCACACCAAUAGAUUAUGUCUUGUGCAUAGGUCACUUCCUAGGAAAGGAUGAGGAUGUGUACACGUUUUUCGAACCAGAGCUUCCACCUGAUAACUUGGGUCUAUCAAGAAGUAAGUUAACCGAUGCAAUUAAGCUCUCGGUCGAUAAAAGGCAAUCCCCAAAGCUUCCUUCCGGAAGAACCAACUCAAAGGCUUAUCAGACAAAGAGCCAUCAGAAUCACUGUCCUAACUCAGACAAAAGAUCGACAACUAGUAAUGGUAAGCGCUCAUCGAGCGAAAAUACUUCUUGGAAUGUACUGGAUCUGAAAAAGGAGAACUAUUUUUCGUGCGCUGUUGGCCGGACUCGUACGAAUGCGCGGUAUCUUCUCAACUCCUCGGAUGAUGUGGUUGCGUUUCUCAAGGAGCUUACUCAAGCAGCCUUCACAAACUAG